UGCGUAAUAAACGUAAUAAAACAAACAAACACAUUUGAUUGCAAUCUCGCAACACUGGUUAACAUCCAAGAUGGCGGAGUACGGGGCUCAUCUGACGGGUCACAUCGCCCAAAAACCAUCAAUUUUCGAAGUCCUCGCCCAGGAAAACCUCGCAAAAGCGCUGCGGAACGCAGCCAGCCACCUCUUGUCCUACUUCACCUCGACGGGCGACGGCCGAAAGUGCUGUUUCGUGCGCGCUCACAUCGACGAGCUGGUGACGGUGUCUGACGUAGCCAUCCAACUGUACCACCUGCGUCGCUACGGCGGCUCCUUUUCGGAACACUUUUACGGCCUCCACCGCAUCGGCCCUGACGGCUCCCUACAACGGAAACACCUCCUCCGCUCCCUCGCAGUCCUUGUGCUGCUCCCGUACGCCCGCAACAAACUAGACGCCGCGUUUUCCAAACCGCAAACCCAAACCGAGGGCUGGCGACUGAACCUCCACCGUGCCUACGGGGUGUUCGGUCUCGUCUGGGAAGCACUUUCCCUGAGUUUCGCGCUGCUCUACGCCGUCGGCAAGUCGCCCGUACACUCGCCUUCGUUAACCCUAUCCUCCGUUCGACUCGCGGUAGCGCCGCCCGUCGAGAACGCCGUGAGCGGUGGCAACGUCGCCGCGAGAGCCAUGCGCGGUGUCGCGGACGCCGCGUCAGCGACGCUCGCCACGGCCGCGUUUCUGCUGCAUUUCUUGGACUGGUGGAACGCGCAGCGGCGAGGGAGCUUAAUACCCGCGCCGCCGGUGCCCCCGCCUCCCCCUAGUCGUAGGAAGGUGCUGGGGCAGCCAGACCUGUGCCCGCUUUGCCACGAACACGUGAGUCGUCGUGCCGCCGUGAUCCCCGCGAGCGGAUACGUGUUUUGUCACGACUGCAUUCUGGAACAUCUCUUCCGUAGUCCGCGGUGUCCCGUGACCGGGUACCCUGCGUCCGUCGAGAAUCUCGUGCCUAUACUUGGACAGUGAGUGCCACUACGGUUCCUGGAAGGCAACUUCAACCGGUGUCCUUUUUUAGCAUCCUACAUCGACCAUGCAUCGAAAAUUGCCCCUAAGUGGUAAAAAGUGACGUCACACAAGCCGGCCUGUCGUGUUGUUGGAUGUCGCGAUCCUGGCGGCGAAAAAUACGAGCGAAUGUAUGUCGGUGUCGUCACUGCAACCGAUACCACCAGGAUUGCAGGCAGCGACAACGUGACACUUCUGCGACGUGAGCGGGCGCAAAAUCAAUGAAAAAGGGUGCGUUCCAGACACCCUGGUGUCACCGUGCAAUUCACACCGAGGAAAAUGCUUCUUGUAAAUCUGCAGCUACAAUGUUUACUUUCUUGCUUCAAUAGCGGACCGCAUACCUUGCUUUCGGAUUAAAAACAAAGGGAGGGACAAAAACCCCAUCAUGUUUGCGACUGUCCGUCCUUUUUGGUUCAUUGACAUUGCCACUGUAGUCGCCAACAGAAUGAGAACAGCAGAGAGGAAAUUCAGUUGUCCCGCUUCCAGUGCUAGCAUACUAGCUUAAGUACCACUUCAGCACCCCGCAAGGUUCGAGCGUGCACAUGCAGAUAAAGCAUGGUGGAAGGCAAUGGGCGCACGCCGGAAGCCAGUCAUCCGAAAGAGACGCCUCGCCGUUCUCGAUCUGUUGGU